AUGGACAGGAAUGAUUAUCUAAAGCUGGAGAAGGCAAUAAGGGAUGGGGAGCAUCUCGAGAGUUUGUCUGCUCUGAGGAUGGUCUUGGACAGGGUUGUAGGCGACAUCUCGUCCUCGUGUCCCAGAGAUGACCUGGAGCUUUUGUCCAAGUCCAUUGAGCACCAGAGGCUCGUCUAUGAAAAGGCUGUUUCUUUGUAUGAGGGGAUGCAGGCAGAGAAUGCUGAGAGGGAUGAGCUGAUAAGGUGCCUUGAGGACUUCAACCAGUCUCUAGGAGAGUACUAUGCACUAGCAAAGAAGGAGGAGCAUCCAGGCGGCGGAGAGAGAGACGGGGCGUAG